GGCUGCAUACUCCAGGCUGCAUUUACUCACUGAGUCUGCGGGCGCUAAGAGCCACCUCUGAAUUUAAAGCGCAUUUCACUCGUCUCCGCGCAUUGCCGGACGUCGCUCUGCAGGAAUCAGCAAAUGUACGGAAAUCCAAUCACCGUGCAUUAAAUAUACAGUAGCUGCAGACACUUGGUAGCCCUAAAGCGACGACUGCUUGCCAGCUUGUGUUUCGCCAAACAUGAGAUGCAAAGAGAGAAACAUACUGAAGGGAGGAAGGAGAUAGAUGAAUAGAUUGAUAGAAAAGAAAGGGAAGCGUGCAAAAAAAAAAGCCUCGCUUGAUUGGCCGCGGAACACGGAGCAGCACUACAACAAAUAUCUGACCUCGACCUCCUCGGACGGUGGGAAACUGGUUAUUGAAAUGGAGAUGUCGAGCUUUUCUACCACCCCGUCUCCUCCUCCAACACACAUGCUGCUGAGGCUGCUGAUGAUGAUGUUUGCGUAGGAGUGCUUUAUUUUGCGGACAGCCGUUGGUGAACCAGUCCCUACUGUUCAAACAACUCCAGACAAGCGGUGGAUGAAUCUGUGUGUGUAUGUGUAAGUGUGUGUGGCUGGCUGCCUUCUCCAAACACAUCUUUUUUCAGAGAUAUUGUUCUCGGAGCUCGGUUUUUUUUUUUUUUUUUUUUGCGUCUUUGGGGUGUUUUUUUGGUUGUGUUUCUGCCAGUCUGGAAUUGGACAGAAACUGUUUUGCAUGCGAAUUAUGUCGGGGGAAGUAGCCUAGAAGCAAAGAAUACGGCUAUUAGCGUGGACAUUUUUGGCAAAGAACGCCUCAGCUAUUGUAUCUUUUUUUAAUUAACAACCAAAGAGGAUCAGGCCCAGCGGGUCGAGCUUCAUCUCUACUUCGAUAACAGGCACUUCAGUGUUUUGCUGAUUACUUUUCCGACACUGGGGGCUUCUUUUUUCGUUAUUGGUUUCAUUAUUCAGUGACUGAGGUCUAACACAAACUACAACCAGCAGAGGUCGGGACCUGAGCUCCAAGGAGCCACUAUUGCCCUAGAUGUGACCCUGUGAAUUCCUCUUAUCUCUGAAGGGUGUUGAUGGAGAGCCAUUCGAAUGACAGCCGGGACAGUGGUCAUCACUGGCGGAAUUCUAGCGACAGUUAUAUUACUCCUUAUCAUCGCAGUACUGUGCUACUGUAGGCUGCAGUAUUAUUGCUGCAAGAAGGAAGAGUCCGAGUCGGAGGAGGAGGAGCCAGACUUUGCAGUUACCUCCCGCCUCCCGCCAGUCCACUCCAAUCAUAACAUUGUGGCGGCAACGGCCGCCGCCUCCUCCAUCCCAAAUGGCCCCGCCCUUUUCUCCACCCCUCCGCUGGCCAGGAAACUAACACGUUCACAGACCUUCUGUCCAUCCUGUACGCACUAUGAGUUGCCUUUCUACCUCCAGCCCCCUCAGCCGCAGCUACACCAUCAACCAGAUGGAUUGAGGAACGGAGGUGACCGGAUCAGCUACCGCAGCGUCCAGCAGCAGGAUCUGGACCUGCCAGUGCCUGUGAACAUUUCAAACUACCGUAAACCAAACCUCGCCCGGUCGGUAACCAUGAGGGACAUGUUCACACGCAGCUGUAGCAUCAGUACGGAUGUUUAGCUUGGUGAGGCUGGAACUCGGUGUAAGUUUAUGCUUAAAUUAAGUGGGAUGGCCUAGGCCGGACUGGGUUUUUGUCAUCUUGACCAGUUUAGUCCAGUCUAGUAUGGGGUGAUCUAGUCUGGUCUCGUUCUACUGGUCACCUCCUUGCAGAAUGGAGGACUCAGAUGGCUCUCAGGACAGGAUUUUCAAAGGUACUAUGCUCAGGUCCAGGACCUUACACUUGGGCCAAUAUAGAGUUCAAAGUAUUUAAAAAAUGUUAAGUUAUCAAUAACAUGAACUUCUUGGUUUGUUUUGUUUUGAAUAACUCUUUUUUAAUGAUAAGAAUGGAAUUUGUUUUACGAUUUUAAAAUUUUUUGUGUAGCCCUACUUCCUCUGGACUCUACCCAUGUUCUACCCAUGGAUGAAACAUAGACAGAUUCCCGCCAUGUCAAAAUGACAUAAUCAGCAGGGAUUUUCUCUCUGCCAUAGCUGCUACAAACAAAAUAUUAUUAGGAGAAGUCCAGUGUUUCCCUCUCCUGUGAUGGGAUGAUCUGUCUGUUCCUCCAUCUACAGAUUAUAGAGAUUAUAAAAUAUCACCCACCACCAGUGGAGAGACUAGAAGAGGAAGCAGGAUGUCGAGUUUUAGCAGCCACACACAGGCAUUUUACAUAGAUUUAACAUAGGCCAUAAUAUUUUAAAGACAUAAAGGGCUCACAGAAGAAGUAAAUACCUGCUUGUUUUUCCUUUCAUAGAUGCCUCCAGUUUGACGGGAGGCUGGUUUCUCAGAGCAUCUGCUGACAACACAAAGUGUACAUAUAUAAAUAUGUAGUAUACUACACUUCAGCAGAGAAAGACCUCUGUGUUCUUGCCAGCAGGGUGGACCAGGUGCCAAAGGGGGAUGGGUUCUUGUAUUUGUGUGUGCGUGUGCUUGCAUGCAUGUAUGCGUGUGUGUGUGUGUGUAUAACUUGAUCAAUUGUUAUACAAGAAUUCAUAUUCCAUACAAUUAAACACAAUCUGUCCCCCCUAUAUGAACCCAGUGGUGGGUUGCAAUAACAUUUUAAACAUUUAUUGUAAAGGGUGAAGGGAUUGUAUUAGUUUCCGUCUGUCAGUUUUACCUUUAAAUUCAUGUUAGUGCUAAGAAUGACCCAACCAAAUGAUACGACAAACUCUUAGGUGGGUUUGCAGCUAUUUUGUAAAUGUCUAUUUUACUGAUUAAUGCUAUACCACAGAGUCAAGUUGCAGGUGGCAGUCACGUAACUUUACAAAGUGAUAUUCAUUAUAGUUCUUCGCUGAAGUUUCAUUUUGUGGACUGCAUUCCUUGCGCUGUCUCUGAUUUGUUGAUAUAUGGAUUCAUUGGCUUAAGAUUAAUUCACCUUUGAAGGCAUAUCUAUAAAUAUUUAACAGGCAGUAACAUACACUCCAGCCUCUCUCUUCUCUCAACUCGUUGGACUGAGGAAUAUUUGCUCGUGCUAUGAGGUACUCGGAGAAUUCCUUCUUGCGUUUGUUUUUAUUUUCUGCACUUGGCAAACCGGCUGGGCUCGAGGGCUCAUAUUCUGACUGGAGGAAGCAGUGGCUGAAUUUUAUGGACACAAGACACACAUUUAAUGAAUGAAAUUAUUUACUGCUGUGUUUCAAGAAGAAAUGCCAGUGGUUGUGUGAGGGGCUUGAAGCCGAUUGGAUUGUCCCUCUUGGAUCCCCCGCCCCUCAAAAUGGAUGGUAAAUGCUGUUGUACGCCCUCUCUCUCUCUUUCUCUCUUUCUGUCUCUGAUGAUUUUAUCAGCAAUCAUGCUCAUUUAUUUUCCCAAAGGGUCAAAACGUGAGUGAUUUUGUUUUAAGUUUUUCCUCUUGUGACAUGUGCUUCCCUGCAAAUAUACUAUGACACACAAACACAUGCACGCACACAUACACACAGUUCUCAAUGCUAUGCUUUCCUUACUUUUUAAAAAGAAACUAUGUGACAGUUGCACAAGACAUUUAGUGCCAUAAAGAAUUAUAAGAGAAAUGUAUUAUUAUUAUUAUUACAAGUGUUUAUUCAAAUGCAGUGUUGCUUUUACCCUGAAGUAUUUGAAUUACUUUCUUUAUUUUAUGAUCCAUCUGGUUUUUCAGACUCAGUACAGUACAGCAGAAAUGUUUCUGUCCUUGUUUCUAAUGUAUAACUAACACACACAUUGUUGCUAAUAAAAUGGUGUGAAACUCCUUCUGAUAUGG